AUGGAAAUGUGGAAUGAAACUUCAAAUGAUUUCAUUUUGUUGGGAUUGUUUUUGGAAAAUCAAACAAGCCUACCUCUCAUGUUCCUUAUCAUCUGUGUAUUCUUUCUUGCCUUGGUUGGUAAUUCAGUGAUGAUUUGCCUCAUACAUUUGGAUGCCCAGCUUCACACACCUAUGUAUUUUCUCCUCAGCCAGCUUUCUUUCAUGGAUCUAAUGGACAUCUCUACGACUGUCCCCAACAUGGUUUUCAGCUUCUUUUCUGGCCAGAAGAGCAUCUCCUUGCUGGGGUGUGGAGUUCAGAGUUUCUUCUUCUUGACUAUGGCAGGCUCUGAAGGGCUACUCCUGGCCUCUAUGGCUUAUGACCGAUUUGUGGCCAUCUGCCACCCCCUCCAUUAUCCCAACCACAUGAGCAAAAGGAUAUGUGCAAAGAUGAUUGCAGCAUCUUGGACACUGGGCUCCAUCAACUCCCUGGCACACACAGUCUAUGCCCUUCAUCUUCCCUACUGUAGAUCCAGGGCCAUCAAUCACUUCUUCUGUGAUGUCCCAGCCAUGCUGCCCCUGGCCUGUGUGGACACUUGGGUCUAUGAGUACAUGGUUUUUGUGAGCACCAGUCUGUUCCUCCUCCUCCCUUUCCUUGGCAUCACUGCUUCCUAUGGACAGAUCCUUUUUGAUGUCUUCCACAUGCACUCCAAAGAGGGAAGGAAAAAGGCCUUCACCACAUGUUCCACACAUUUGACGGUGGUGACCUUUUACUAUGCUCCUUUUGUCUACAAUUAUCUCCGGCCCAGGAUUCUCCGCUCCCCAGCAGAAGACAAGAUCCUGGCCAUCUUCUACACCAUCCUCACCCCUAUGCUGAACCCCUUUAUCUACAGCCUGAGGAACAAGGAGGUGCUGGGGGCCCUGGAGAGAGUGUUUGGGAUAUUGUCUUCCAAGAAGAAAUGA